AUGGCUGCGCAACAACAAUUCAACCAAAUAACCCUCGCCAAUCUCCCCCAAGAUCCAUUCCUCCCCAUCGACGGACCCUUUGGACCAGCCUUCCUUGACACCGAAGCCUGCAUCUGCGCACUCCGAGCAACACCCGCCGAAAACACCAUCGGCUGGCAAUGUCUCGGGAACAAGACGCAGCUCGUCUACACAACCACCAGCGGAAAAUGGUUUAAUCCCAAGGGAAGCGGCAUCGUCAACAUCAACAGCUCUAUUGACAGUGCGCAAUUCCCGCCUGAUACGAGCAAGCCGCAGAUUUUCGACGUAAACCAGGGUGGCUUUGUGGCCAUUGGCGCCAACACCAAGACGAAUUUGGAUGUCUUUUCCAAGGCUUGCACGGGCAAGAAUCAGACUACGUUUACUACGGCGUAUUAUAGGGCUGUUCGUGAGAUUGCUGAUAAUAAGUUGCCGGUUGAUGCGGCGCCGUGUUAUCGACCUGGGGCGGUUCCGUUGCAAAUCCAGUCGGCGGACUCGUGGGUCAAGGAUGGUUGCGCCAACAACACCGUCAACUCACUGCCGCAAUUCUGUCCGCCCAUCACACAAUGCCAACAAGCAAGGUUAACCGGAAACGUGUGCUCGUUCCAAGGGUCCAACAUCGGCAUGGGUCCGUUUGAACCGGUAGUAUGCCUCCAGGGAAACUACUGUCCUGCUGGCGGUAAAGAAAUCCUCAAAUGUCCCAAGGGCCACUACUGUCAACCCGGUGCCGCUACGCCAACUCCCUGUAGUUUCGGCAGCAGCUGUCCUGAAGGCUCCCAGUUUGACCUGUUCAUCAUCCCAAUCGUGGUCCUGCUCUUGAUCGACUUGGCGCUCGUCAUCGGGAUUAUCUGGCACACAAUCGCCAAGCGAGUUCUGAAGAAGAGAGGUCGCACGAAUACCUUCAAGAAGAGCAAGCGGGGACAAGGACUCAUGAGGACAAUGACAAUGGGCGCAGCAGGCUACUACGGCUUGGCUGAUGAGAAUGAGCAUGAGAUGGAGAUGGCCACGGCACUAAAUGCAACGUAUAUGCCCGGCACUGACCCGUGGUCUGGCUUUCAAGCAGCUCUGGACAUGGCCAGCGUGCAGGGCAUGCGUGUCGAGCAGAUUGAAGGUGAGGCCGGUUUGUCGCCGCAGCUUCGUGCGUUUGUCGAGUCGAUGCGGAAGGCGACUGUUGAUGCUCAGUACUUUGGCUUAACGUUCAGUUACACCAAUCUCAGCUUUCAGCCUAGACGCGCACCAAGGCCGAUUCUCCAAAAUGUCACUGGCUCCAUCAAGAGAGGCUCGCUUGUUGCCGUCAUGGGCGGCUCGGGAGCCGGAAAGUCGACCUUUGUGAACGUUCUCAUGGGUAAAAUCACGAGAACAAAGGGUCUCGUCACCAUCAACGAUGUCCCUGGCCGAAUUAAGCGGUACAAAAAGGUCAUUGGUUACGUACCGCAGGAUGAUAUCGUGCUACCAGAACUCACAGUCUACGAAAACAUUCUUCACUCCGCUCAGAUUCGCCUCCCUCGUACGUGGUCAAACGACGACAUCAUCGCCCACGUCAACGCGGUCAUCGACUGUCUUGAGCUUUCCCAUGUGCGGGAUUCCCUCGUCGGCAGUGUUGGUAAACCCGUCAUUUCGGGGGGUCAGCGCAAAAGAGUCAGUAUUGGCAUGGAGCUUGCUGCGGCGCCGAUGGCCAUUUUCCUCGACGAACCGACGAGUGGUUUGGACGCCACGGCUGCUUCAUCGAUCAUGAAGACGUUGCAGGCGCUGGCUCGUCUUGGCAUGACCAUCAUCGUGGUGAUACACCAGCCUCGAAUGGAAAUCUUCGAAAUGCUAGAUGAUCUUAUCCUCCUGGCGAACGGACAGCUUAUUUAUGAGGGUCCAGAGCGAGGCGUCCAACGGUUCUUUGAGAACGUUGGAUUCACAUUCCCCGGCUACAGCAACUAUGGAGAUGUAGUCACCGACAUCAUCACCGGUAACGGUCGUGCGUAUAAACGCAGCGGUGACAUCUCCAAAGAAGGCCUGAUUGCGCACUGGGCCAGCUGUCGUGAGAAUCAAGGCAAAAACACAGACUCUUCACGAACGUCGCAAAUGUCCUUCGUAAACACAUUACUACCCAAGAUGGACCAACCCGUACACCAAGUCCUCAAGACAAGAGGCGCAACCCGCUUCCGACAAACGUGGCUAUGCCUCCGCCGUUCCUUCAUCCAGCAGUACCGCACAAAAUCCAUGUUCUGGUUCGAGAUGGGCCUCGCCGCCCUCGCCGGCUUCCUGAUCGGUUUGGCGCAAAACGGUAAAAAGGGAGUCAUGUUCAUCGGCUUCUACAAGAAGCCAUUCGACGUGCUCUCCAUCGCCACGGACAUGAUCUCCGUGCCGCAGCUAGCUCUCCUAACGGGCAUUGGCAUCGGUCUUGUCUCUGCGGCCCCUGGCGUGCGUGUAUUCUCAGAGGAGAUGCUGCUUCAGCGGAGGGAAGCUGAAGCUGGGCACUCUCGCCUGGCGUACUUCCUCGCCAAGGUUUUUGCGGUGAUGCCGCGCAUGAUUCUUACCUGUCUUCACUUUACGACGCUGAUGAUGCUUCUUGGAAACCCUAUUAUAGCGUGGGGACUCGCAUUUGUCGCUAAUCUCGCGUAUGUGUAUGCAAUCUACGGUCUCGCCAGCUGCGUCAGCAUGGUCACGAAACGAGAAGACGCGCCUCUCUUCGCCACCAUGAUCAGCCUCAUCGUGGGUAUCUUGUCUGGCGCGGCACCGCCGUUGUCGCAGGUGAAGAAAUGGGGGCUGGAGUGGUUGUGGCGAGCGUCGCCGGGAACUUGGCUUGCGGAGCUGUACUUUGGACAGCUGGUCGCUCCGUUUGGGUAUUUGUACGAUGUGGAUUUGGCGAGUCAGCUUACUGGGUUUAGGUUGUAUUGGACGUGGAGGAAUAUUCUUAUCUUGUUUGCGAUCGGGACGAUAUAUAGAGUUAUUGCGUUUUUGGGGCUUUUCGUCGGAAAGAGACUGCGGUUGUAA